UGCAAGUACGAGACGAGGAAGAAGCGACCGGAAGUUUACAAACAUUAACUGAGCAAGCUAAGAUUUAGCCAAUAUUUUGAUCUCUAUUUUGACCAACCGUUGAAAAAUAUCGGUUUAAAAAAAACACAGGAAAAGAUGGUUUGCGAAAAAUGCGAGAAGAAGCUCGGUAAAGUCAUCACACCUGACACCUGGAAGGAUGGAGCACGGAACACAACAGAGGGUGGUGGCCGUAAGCUAAAUGAAAACAAGAUCCUGACUUCCAAGAAAGCCAGGUUUGAUCCAUACAGCAAGACGGGCUUUGCUACGUGCAGGAUCUGCAAGAGCUCAGUUCAUCAGUCUGGAUCGCAUUACUGCCAGGGCUGUGCAUACAAGAAAGGAAUCUGUGCAAUGUGUGGAAAGAAGGUUUUGGACACCAAGAACUACAAGCAGACAUCUGUGUGACAAUUUCUAAGAGUGAAUAACAGAUGUGAGGAUGGGACUGCUGUGAUGUUUGUCAUCCUUUCGUCACAUUUUCAGUAUGUUUUUAACCACGUUCUGUAGUAAACAGCUUUGAGUCUUUAGUUUUUCUUCCCACCUUUGUGAAAGACAGAGAUUUGGAGCUGGCUUUGCCCUCUUAUUACAGAAUAAUAUAUAAUGCCACUGGACCUAUUUUAGUGGCCAUACACAGGGAAGCACUGUUGUAUCCAAAUACACCACUGGUCAUCACCUGUUUCUCUAGUCGAAGCUUCUACAUUAUUUGUAAAUUUUAAAUUCAAUACUUUGCUUUUUGAAAAGCUGAUUUCUGUCUGUAAUAUAUUAAGUGUUGCAUUUUUUGUGAAUUAAACCAUUCAUGAUAAAAGACA